AUGAGCAUUACAAGCGAAACGAAUAAUCCAGCAGAUGGUUCGGUCAGUCCUGUAAGUGACCAGCCCGAUGACCACAAUACCGUGCCGGCUGUCACCGAAGAUGAGGCUGCGGCCUUUUCCCCAGUUGCAACAGACCCCGACGCCAAGGUGCUUGCUGAGGACAGUGAGGAGUCAUCUCUUGCACACGUCGAGGACAGUAAUUAUAAUGUUUCAUUAAAUCACGCCUCGUCUUCGUCGUCUCUAGAAAUCAUCUCCCCUCGCCCAUCUCCCCACAUUCCCAGCAAGAACUUCAUGUCGGCCACGGUAGAGGACUGUUUCGACGACGAAGACGACGACGGACAGGUUCAGCUCAAUGUCGCUGACACGCCGCCAUCAUCUUUCUGUGUCACUACACCACCUAUCAACGAGCCUCCGCGAAGCCCAGCUGCGUUAGAAAAGAAGGCGGAGCCCCUUAGAUGGGAGGACCAUAUGCAGGAAGGCAAAGAAGCCUCGCUUCCACGUCAUUCUGGGUCUCCUGAUAUAACUGUGCCCCAAAACAACCACCAAAGGGCGUCACUACGCCGCCCCAGUGUUAUGGACUAUCUCAUUUCACAAGACUCUGCCAAAAAUUCAGCAACUACUUCUGAAGCCAGCCGUCCUACAUCCCGCAGGAGCGCAGAAGGGUAUGCUUGGUCGAAUCUUGGCCACGGGGUUGGCCAGCCGAGGACAAACGGCCAGCCAAACGUAUUUGGUCUCUAUCAAAGCGAUGCCAGCAAGAUACAGCCCAACUGGAAUGAUCAGCAACCGCCGUUUCGUUUCCCCGAUAACCCAGCAAGCCUCCAGGGUGACUAUGGGACGGAUUUGCCCUCUCGAGGAGCGUUUACCCAACCCUAUGAACAUGGCAUUCCACCCACGCCGCGGUCAAACGCCAGUGUGCCUCAGAACGACCUGCGGUCGGAACAGCAGCCCGGGAACUUUUAUCCAGAGUUUACCGGCCGUCUGGAGACCAUGGCGCCCAGUGGAUACCAGCUCCUGGCAGCGAAGCUCUCUGGAGACGCUGGCGGACAAGCACUUGCACCAAUCUAUCGCCGGUUCGACUCUCUGAACCAUCGGUUGCUUCUCUACAUGCAGGACGAAAUUGCAGAUUUGGAGCGUCAGCUCACAACAUUGGAAGCAAAGGAUACCUUGAAGAGAAGUUAUCCGGGUGGUGUGCUACCAGCUUCCCGUCGACAAGACCGCUGGAUCAACGGCAGCUUAGCGGAUCAAAAGACCGAGGUACUGGGUCAUAUCGGUUACAAGUUGAGUCAGUAUAAUCAAGUUCUCGCAUCGUUUCGCAAAGUUCAAGACAUUCCGGUGCCAACUUGGCGCGACAUUCACAUGUACAAAACCUACUUGACAACAAGCAAGUUAAUCAUAGACGACGAGACACGAUUCCUAGACGCGGCCAACGACCUGGUCUCUCUGGCUGGACCAGGUCAGUCUGUCGACGACUUCAACACCAUGGGCGAUGGGCCAACGCCAAUGCCCAAGCCAGUCGAGGAGCCGCAUUUCCCAGCUUUCUUCAAGGACAACACCAGCUCGGCAUCACCACGGCCAGAGCAGGCCAUGCCUCAACGACCGAGUGAUGCGAUUUUUGUACGGCUCGCCUUGUCGGGAAUGUGUAUUGUGUUUGUGCCUAUCAUGACUUUUGCCGUCGUCCCCAACUUCGUCUCCCGCAUGGCCAUUGUGUUGCUCGUUGCACUUAGCGUGGGCAUCAUGGCCGAUCAGGCUGGGUUGUUGCCUGAUAUGCAGCGGCACAGACUAGAUUAUAUUUUAUAUUCGGGGCUAUACUUCGGCGCUAUGGCGGUGGUUGCCGGAGCUGUGAAAUGA